CGCCAUUGCAGAGUGAACCGUAGCUGGCCUAGUAUGGUUGAGAUCGAUAUAUGGUUCCUGAAAGUGAAGCAAGCCUCUGUGCUCUUGGUCACAGAUCACAACUAGCGGGCCUAGCAGCAGUAACGAUUCUACUGCUUGUGCGUGUGUAGCAGAGAGGAAGAAGACGUAGUGAGCUCUCCGCGGAAAAGAGAUGACAUGUUCACAAGAGAAAGAGGAAGAAAGGCAGUGCGUGAGAGAUGCUUGACGGCGCUGACUUCAAAGGACGGAUUCGGGGAGCAGCUGCCAAUUUUUGCCUGGAGGCAAAGUGAUAACGUUGUUGCUCUUGCCUUCCUCGCAUCGUGGAAAAACUUGCUCUUCCCCUUUUUUCUCCUCUUGGGAUUGGGCACAGAGGGGGGUUCAAUAAGGCAGGUGCCAGCUUGCCAUCUGUUAGCACUGUCGCUUUUCCUUCUUCUGCUCUUGCCUUAUAGCAAGCAGCAGGAGUUACCUAUUCGCCAUCCGAUUCACGCAUUCAGCUACGAACUGCGACAAGAAUGAUGCAACAUCUUGUCAGAGCAAGAUGCCAUUUGUGGUUACAGCACCUGCAGCGGGCUCGC